UUGUUUCUUUUUGAGAAGGAGCAAAACACUCAGGAGAGAGGUUUAUCUGCCCUUUCCCUGUUCCCCAUUAUAAAGUAAAACCUACCAAGCUCUAGUUACUCAACCACACCAUUGCACUUAACAACCCCUUUUCUUCAAAUUGAACCAACCAUACAUGGAACUUGCUCUGAGCUUAGGAGACACACCAAAACCUUUCACUUCACCAGAUCCACCGGUUCAACUCAACCUUCUCCCUUUCACUCCGGUUCAAAGAUCCCAACCAUCUUCUUACCUUCAAAUCCCCUGGCUCAACCAACCAUCAGGCGGACCGGCGAGGUCGGUGGACGUGAACCGCUUUCCGGCGACGGUUACCGCGGCGGAUGACGGCGACGACGGCGGCACCUCACUGUCGUCCCCGAACAGCGCGGUGUCGCCGUUUCAGGUGGAUUUCAGCUUCAGAAAUGGUAAUGCAGAGUAUGGAGGGAGGAACGAGGGUGAGGCUGAGCGAGCGAGUGACGACGACGAGAACGGGUCAACUCGGAAGAAACUCAGACUCUCUAAGGAGCAAUCGGCGUUUCUUGAAGAGAGCUUCAAAGAACAAACCACUCUCACCCCUAAGCAGAAGCUUGAACUGGCAAAACAGUUAAAUCUUCGUCCUCGUCAGGUGGAAGUUUGGUUUCAGAACAGAAGAGCUAGGACAAAGUUGAAGCAGACAGAGGUGGAUUGUGAGUAUUUGAAGAGAUGCUGUGAGACUCUAACAGAGGAAAAUAGGAGGUUGCAGAAAGAGCUUCAAGAACUGAGAGCAUUGAAAACUUCUCAGCCAUUCUACAUGCAGCUUCCAGCUACAACUCUCACCAUGUGUCCCUCAUGUGAACGGGUGGCUACCAAUUCCUGUGCCGGUACGGCCACCACCACCAACCAAAUCCCAGUGGAGUUGUCUCUUGGAAAGCCCAGAAUAUUGCCCUUUCCUAAUGGUCAAGCCCAAACACAGCAGGCCCAGACCCAGGUCCAUAACACGGCUUCAUGAUUUGAUCAUAUUGACAUUUUUUGGUUUUUUGACAUCUAAUAUAACUGACUAAUCUCAUAGUGGACAAGAUAUCCAGCUCCCUAUUUAAUUUAUCCUUUGUACAUAACUAAGCUUUACCUUUCAUUCACCUGUUUUGUGUUACUUUCUUUGUGUUGAAAGAGUCACCUUUUUGUUCAUUAA